GGUUCAUCAAUCUUUUGAACCAACCGCUAUCAUGGGACCCUAAUCUCUACGGGUGGAACCCAAGUCAAAACAUGGAUGGGAUGGGGUCGUCUCAAGCGUUUGGGUCGGCUCAAGCGUUCGGCUCCCCACUACACGAACCCGAUGUUGUUCCGGAGACGCAACCCGAGGUACCGGAUACGCAACCGGAGACGCAAAAAGGAAAAGGAAAAGCAAACGGGCACAUAAAAAGAAAGUUGAAACCAACACCCGAACGAAAAAAAAUGUGCAAACGUGGGAGCCCGAAGAGGAGUAUGCGUUAACCCGCGCUUUCAUCGAUGUUUCGGAGGACCCGGUCAUAGCAAACAAUCAAAGUAAAACCGUAUUUUGGAACCGAAUACGAGAACUCUUUUUCGAGCUCAUGGGUAGGGGAGAGGAAUACCGCCUACCGGACUCUAUAUCGGGGAAGUGGUCCGAUAUAAACAAGAAGUGCACAAACUUUCAAACCGUGUACCAACGCUUGUAUUCCGGAUGGAAAAGUGGAAGUAACGAUGAAGACAUUACGCAAGAGGCAUUGGUCGAGUAUACGAACGCUAAUGGCCAUUUCCCGUACAUGAAGUGUUGGCAAAUCCUUCGCCAUAGCCCCAAAUGGGCCGUCGUAACUACUCCUAGUGGUCGUUCGGGAAAUACACGGCCAUCAAAGAGGUCCAAAACAAACGAGUCGGGUGAACCCGAAACGCCAACCUCCGACGCUCGAAACAUCGGCUUGAACGAGGAUAUUCCGGAUGACGAGCCGGUGGAGGAGCUACCAAGAUCGCCCGGAAGAAAAAGCCGGGCGAAAAAACCCGAGUCGUCGUCGAUGUCUAUGGGAACGGAUAUGAGUCACGCAUUUUCGGAGAUAAACAAGCGGCUUCAAGACAUACACGAACUCGGUAACAAACGUUUGGAGGAGAACGAAAAGGUUACGGAGAUUAUGCGGGAUCGACAAUGGGCUCACGACUUUGACUUCUACUCCAAACCGCAUGACCACUUAACGGGAAAAGCGUUGAAAAUGGCGUUGGCACAAAAGGAGCGGAUUGAAAAAAAAUAUAAUCUUUGAUUGUGUAAUUUUUUUUUAUGCUAGUUUAAUGUUUUUUUUUCUAGUU